UCAUGAGCUGAAUCACUCACGCAGAGACACACAACAGAAGAAAACAACAUCGCCUCCCAAAUACGUGUAUUCGCUUUACAGAAAACAAAACAAGAGAAUUAUCCACUGUAUAAGGAUCAAACAUGAAAUUAUACUGUCUGUCGGGUCACCCGACUCUUCCCUGUAAUGUGCUGAGGUUUAAGUCCACCACCAUCAUGCUGGACUGUGGGCUGGACAUCACAGCUUCACUGUAUUUCCUGCCACUGCCUCUGGUUCACAGUCCAAGAUUAUCCAAACUCCCAGGAUGGGUGUCCAAGGAUGGAGCCGUCAACCUGGAAAAAGAGUUAAAGGAAUGCUCUGGCCGAGUGUUUGUGGACUCACAGCCGGAAUUUUGUCUCCCUGAAAGAGAACUGCUGGACCUCUCCACCAUAGAUGUGAUCUUGAUAUCCAACUAUCACUGCAUGAUGGCUCUGCCGUACAUCACAGAACACACAGGGUUUACAGGAACAGUAUACGCCACAGAACCCACCCUGCAGAUCGGCAGGCUGUUGAUGGAGGAGCUGGUGGCGUUCAUGGAGAGGGUUCCAAAAGCUCACACCGCCACCUGCUGGAAGAACAAAGACAUACAGAGGUUGCUCCCGGCUCCUCUGAAAGACGCUGUGGACGUGUGCAGCUGGAGGAGGUGUUACAGCAUGCAGGAGGUGAAUUCUGCUCUCAGUAAAGUCCAGCUGGUGGGAUAUUCACAGAAAGUGGAGUUAUUCGGAGCGGUUCAGGUCUCUCCUCUGAGUUCUGGAUAUUCUCUGGGCAGCUCCAACUGGAUCAUUCAGUCGCAUUAUGAGAAAGUGUCGUACGUGUCGGGGUCUUCGCUGCUCACCACGCACCCUCAGCCCAUGGACCAGAGCUCACUGAAGAACAGUGAUGUUCUCAUCCUGACAGGCCUGACCCAGAUCCCCACCGCUAACCCAGACGGCAUGCUGGGAGAAUUUUGCAGUAAUCUGUCGAUGACCAUCCGUGCCGGAGGGAACGUGUUGGUUCCGUGUUAUUCCUCUGGGGUGAUUUAUGAUCUGCUGGAGUGUCUCUAUCAGUUUAUGGACUCGGCUAACCUGGGCAACACUCCCUUUUACUUCAUUUCUCCCGUGGCCAACAGCUCUCUGGAGUUCUCACAGAUCUUUGCAGAAUGGUUGUGUCAGAACAAACAGUCUAAAGUUUAUCUGCCCGAGCCGCCGUUCCCUCACGCUGAGCUGAUCCAGACCAAUAAACUGAAGCAUUAUCCCAGCAUUCACGGAGACUUCAGCAGUGAGUUUCGUCAGCCCUGUGUGGUGUUUACAGGACAUCCAUCGCUGAGGUUCGGUGAUGUGGUGCACUUCAUGGAACUGUGGGGUAAAUCAAGCCUGAACACCAUCAUUUUUACUGAACCAGACUUCUCCUACCUGGAAGCUCUGGCGCCGUACCAGCCGCUGGCCAUGAAGUGUGUUUACUGUCCCAUCGACACGCGCCUCAACUUCCACCAGGUGUCUAAACUCCUCAAGGAGAUCCAGCCUCUUCACGUGGUCUGUCCCGAGCCGUACACUCAACCUCCUCCAGCUCAACCUCACCGCACGGACCUGAUGCUGGAGCUGCAGCAUCCUCCCAUGGCGUACCGCCGCUGCUCCGUCCUGGGGCUUCCCUUCCGCCGGCGCUACGAGCGCAUCCACCUGCUGCCCGAGCUGGCUAAAUCUCUGGUUCUUUCUGAGAUGAAGACGGGUGUUUCUGUGGCUACAGUAUCUGCAGUGCUGCACUCAAAAGACAACAAGCACGUGCUGCAGCCGGUGGCCAAACCCGCUCCGGUGCCGCCCAGUAAGAAGAGGAAGAGAGUGAUGGAGGAUCCUCCUGAAGUUCUCGACCCUAAACCUCUGCUGACCGGAGCCGUUCCUCUGGAACCUUUCCUGGCUUUACUACACAAGAACGGCAUCAUGGAGGUGAAGGUGGAGGAGACGUCAGGCGGUCACAUUCUUCACCUGCAGGCGGAGGAUGUGCUCAUUCAGCUGGAGGAGGAGGGAACGCACAUCAUCUGUGACCACAAUGAAUCUCUGCGGACCGCCCUGAGAGACCUGGUGCUGCGCUUCCUACACAAACUCUGACCUCUCCUACCAUUCUCCCUGACAGUGACUGAAGGUGUCGGUAUGUGCAUUAUUUCUGCUGCACAGCAGAUGGCAGGAUCUAAAGCAGCUCAGUUCUGCUCAUUUGCAGACACUCGGAUGCUAUUAUCCCAUUCACUUUUGAAUAAGAGUUUUAGUUUGUUGUUAAAUAUCAUUGUAAAAUAUUUUUUGGAAUAAAAUGUUUUUUUAUAGA